AUGGCCAAGAAGAGAAAGCCCCCCAGCAUCAAGGGUGAUCCAAGGAUAUAUGAUCCACAUUUCAGAGGGCCCGUUGUCAACAGGAGCUGUACAGAUGUGCUGUGCUGUAUGGUCUUCAUACUGUUCGUUAUUGCCUACAUUCUUUUAGGACUUGUGGCCUGGGUCAAUGGCGACCCCAGAAGAGUGGCCUAUCCUACAGACAGCCAGGGCUACUUUUGUGGCCAGAAGGGCACCCCCAAUGAGAACAAGACCAUUUUGUUUUACUUUAACCUGCUCAGCUGUACCAGUCCCUCCGUGGUGGUAAACCUACAGUGCCCUACCAGACAGAUCUGUGUCUCCAACUGCCCAGAAAGAUUUUUAACCUACGUGGAAAUACAAUUUAUGUACAGAAAAGACAAAGACUACUGGACAUACUACAGCCAGUUCUGCAAGUCUGCUUUUCUUAAGCCUGCAAAGACUCUUGCAGAAGUUUUACUGGAUGACGAUUGUCCAACAGCGAUUUUUCCAAGCAAACCUUAUCUCCAGAGAUGUUUCCCUGACUUCUCUACUAAAAAUGGCACUUUAACGGUAGGAAAUAAGACAGUGUUUGAAGAUGGAAGUGGAAAGACAAGAAAUGCUGUAGAACUCAGGGCAGCUGCAGAUGGUAUCAAUAAAGUCCUUGAUGCAAGGGCAAUUGGAGUGAAAGUGUUUGAAGACUAUGCAACAACGUGGUAUUGGAUUCUCAUAGGCCUGACGAUCGCCAUGCUCCUCAGCUGGAUGUUCGUGAUACUCCUGAGGUUCACGGCUGGAUUCCUCUUCUGGCUCUUCACCUUCGGUGUGAUUGGCAUUAUAGCUUAUGGUAUAUGGCACUGUUAUCAGGAAUACAGCAGUCUUCAGGAACAGCCAAAUUCUCACUUAACUGUAUAUCACAUCGGAAUUCAGACUGAUAUAAGCAUGUACUUUCAACUGAAACAAACAUGGUUCGCAUUUAUGAUAAUACUCUGCAUCCUUGAAGUGUUCAUCAUUCUCAUGCUGAUCUUCCUCAGGAAACGAAUCCGCAUCUCCAUCGCCCUGCUGAAGGAGGGGAGCAAAGCCAUUGGAUACAUCCCUACUACCUUAAUUUAUCCAGUUUUAACUUUCAUUUUCCUCUCAAUCUGCAUUUCCUACUGGGCUGUGAUAGCAGUUUACUUGGCUACGUCAGGGGUGCCUAUAUACAAAGUCAUAGCCCCACAGGGGCAAUGUAAACAUGAAAAUAAAACCUGUGACCCAGAGAUUUUUAAUACAACUGAAAUUGCCAAAGCUUGCCCUGGGGCUCGGUGUCAUUUUGCUUUCUAUGGUGGAAAGAGCCUGUACCAUCAAUACAUUACUACCUUCCAGAUAUUCAAUCUAUUUGUCUUUCUCUGGCUUAUAAACUUUGUCAUUGCAUUGGGUCAGUGUGCCCUUGCUGGUGCCUUUGCUUCUUAUUACUGGGCCUUGAAAAAACCUGAUGACAUCCCACCAUAUCCACUUUUUACUGCAUUUGGACGAGCCAUAAGAUAUCACACAGGAUCCCUAGCGUUUGGAUCUUUAAUUCUUGCAGUAGUUCAAAUGCUUAGAUUAGUCCUAGAAUACUUGGACAAACGUCUUAAAGAGGCCCAGAACAACAUUUCUAAAUUCCUAAAAUGCUGCCUGAGAUGCUGUUUCUGGUGUUUGGAAAAAGCAGUAAAGUUUUUGAACAGAAAUGCCUAUGUUAUGAUUGCAAUAUAUGGCAAAAACUUCUGCAGGUCAGCAAGAGAUGCUUUCAAUCUGCUGAUGAGAAAUAUUUUAAAAGUUGCAGUUAUGGAUAGAGUGACAGACUUUGUACUAAUCCUGGGGAAGAUUCUAGUUGCUGGGUGUAUAGGUGUCCUGGCCUUUCUGCUCUUCACAGAAAGACUCCCAACGAUUAUAGAAGGACCAACAUCUUUAAAUUACUACUGGGUACCUUUGCUGACAGUCAUUAUUGGAUCUUACCUAGUUGCACAUGGAUUCUUCAGCGUCUAUGCAAUGUGCAUUGAAACAAUUUUCAUCUGCUUCUUGGAAGAUUUAGAAAGAAACGAUGGUUCCGCUGAAAGACCCUAUUACAUGAGUCAAUACCUGCUGAAGAUUUUGAACGAGCAAAAUGCACAAACUAAGAAGCAGUAG